AUGACGAAAAAAUUUGAUUUCUAUGGACCAGCAAUAGCCAGCAAACGAUUUCUCGACCAUUCGUGCAAACAUUUUUUAUCAACCAUCAAUCAUCAGCAUACGACCAUAAAUCGGAGAAAAAUUGGAAAAGUAGGAAAAUUCAUCCAUGGGGGGCUAACGGGACGGAGCUCCGUUUCCCCCUUGAGCAGCGGAAGAUAUGUGGACGACAUCUGUGGUGGAGCUGACGAGGAGGACGAUCUCCAUUUCGUAGCUCAGCAAGUGGCAGAGCUCUGCUGGGCUGGAGGGUUCCCUCUAGCGAAGUGGCACUCGAACAGUCCGUCUCUACUUCGUGCUCUGACGCCGGGAGGGUUCUCUCAGAGUCCGAAGCCGCUAGAGACCUCUACCACCAAAAUUCUCGGCUUCAAAUGGGAUCCAAGUGACGAUCGGUUGAGGUUCUCCAGCCAGCUCUCAGUCGGCGUGAAGCCAUCGAAGAGGAUUGUGCUGUCGGAGAUUGCGCAGCUCUUCGACCCUCUAGGGCUGGUCUCACCGGUGGUGAUACGUACCAAGGCUCUUCUGCAGCAACUGUGGCUGGAGAAAUUGGACUGGGACGAGGAGUUGCCGGUGCAUCUGGUCCAGAAGUGGGUUCGGUUCCGAGAAGAACUGGCCCAGGUGGAUCAACUCUCGAUCCCGCGGUGGAUGGGAUGUAAGAAGGAUUCUCGGGUGGAGAUCCAUGGCUUCUCUGAUGCGUCUCUACUAGCGAUGUCGGCGGUGGUCUAUUUGAAGGUAACGAGUGCGGAUGGUUUCAGUAUCUCCUUAGCUGUCGCUAAGACUAAGGUGGCGCCUCUCAAGAAACUCACCAUCCCGCGUCUGGAGCUCAACGCCGCGGUCAUCCUAGCUAAGCUCACAAGGUAUGUGAUUGAGCAGCUCAACCUUGAUGGUGUUCCGGUCCACUUAUGGACGGACUCCGCGGUUGCUCUGGCGUGGAUUUGCGCUCAUCCUUCCAGGUGGAAGGAAUAUGUCCACAACAGAGUAACCGUCGUUCAGGAGCUGGUGCAAGAAGCCAAUUGGAGGUACGUCAGUGGGAAGGAGAAUCCGGCUGAUUGUGCAUCUCGAGGCAUCUCGGUGGCUCAGCUUAAUGGCCAUCAUCUGUGGUGGACGGGCCCAAAAUGGCUAAGGAAGGAGGCGUCUCAGUGGCCAAGUGGGAGAGCAACGUUGGACUCGUCUACAGAUUUAGAGGAGAACCCGGGGGUGACUCUAGCCGCUUCCCUCGGAAGAUCAAGUCUCUGGGAUCUCUGUUCGCGGUAUUCCUCUCUCUACAAGUUGCUGAGGAUCACAGCAAUUUGCCAAACGGUUGUGGGGAAUAUGCUGCGGAAGCUGGAAAGGAAAAGGGGCAUCAUCGUUCCAGCAGUGUUCAGCCCUGGAAGCAUGGAGGCAGCUCGGCUUUAUUGGGUCAAGGCGACUCAAGCCUAUCAUCUCCAAGCCGAGUGUGACAUCAUCUCUCACGGAUUGCAGUUGAAGAAGUCUCAUCCGUUGACCAAGCUCACGGCCUUCGUUGACCAACAGGGAGUUCUCAGAGUCGGCGGGCGGUUGAAGUUCUCUACUCUAGGGCCAGAGAGUAGGCAUCAGGCCAUCAUUCCUCAAGGCUCAGUGCUGGCAGAGCUCAUCAUCAGGGACUCUCAUCAGCGGAUGCUGCACGGUGGGACUCAACUCACCUUGGCACAUCUCCGGAGGUCUUACUGGAUUAUUGGAGGUCGUCUACCAGUAAGAUCCUUCAUCCUCAAGUGCGUGGAGUGCGCACGUCAUCGGGGGAUCCGCGCUCAGCAGCUGAUGGGUCAGCUUCCAGUGGCACGUUUGGUGGCGGAUCGUGCCUUCUCUAACACUGGUGUGGACUAUGCCGGACCAGUGUCUAUCAAGACUUGGAGGGGACGUGGUCACAAGACCCAGAAGGGUUGGUUGGUGAUUUUCGUGUGCAUGGCCACGUCCGCUCUCCAUCUGGAAGCUGUCACGGACUACACCGCGGAUGGUUUCAUCGCCGCCUAUCGGAGGUUCGUGAGUCGUCGGGGAUACGGCAGACACUUGUACAGUGACUGUGGGACCAAUUUCAUCGGGGCGGAUAAAGAGCUGAAGAAGUUGUUCUCCGCUGGAGCUAAGGAGUUCCAGCAUCUCUCUGCAGUAUGUCUCAAGGAUGGAACGUCGGUCAAGUCGGUAAAGUACCACCUCGCUCGGACGGUUCGGGAUACGACUCUCACGUUCGAGGAACUCUCGACGCUGCUGUCCCAAAUUGAAGCGGUCCUCAACUCCAGGCCUCUACAACCGCUCUCGGAAGAUCCUGACGAUGUGUCCUGCCUCACCCCGGGUCACUUCCUCAUUGGAGAAGCUCCAAUAGCUCUUCCGGAGCCCUCACUGGAACACCUCAACGUUGCACGACUCUCUAGAUGGGAACUGAUCCAGCAGAGGCUGCAGUUCUUCUGGAAGCAAUGGUCUACAGGGUAUCUGCAGCAGCUCCAGUCCAUCUCCAAGUGGCAUCACCCGUCCAACGAGAUCAAAGUCGGCAGCCUGGUUCUUCUCUACGACCAGCGGUUCCCGCCAGCGAAGUGGCCUCUUGCUCGGGUCACAGCUCUACAUCCUGGAAGGGACGGUCUCUCCAGAGUUGUGACCAUCAGAACCGCCUCGACGACGGUGACCAGGCCGAUCUCCAAGCUGGUCUCUGCAAACGAUCUCUACUCCUUCUGUGUCAGCAACGGUGUUCCUGACGGGGGGGAGAAUGUUGAGGCGACGGCCUCAUGUGGCUAA